UAUAUUUCCAGUGUGUACAUACACCUCCAGUGUUACUCAAGCUUUGUUGUGAGCAUCACCUAUUUUGCAGACCGGUCUUGAAAGGUCAGCAUUACUGGAUUUACUAAUCUAAUCCUAAGUAACACAGGAUCUUUCAACCAUGGGGAAGGGAUCUGGAUCAAAUGCGAGUACCAUCAGUUUCACCAUAAAUGGAAAAGAAUAUCAUGUUGACGCCAACACGUCAAACGUCAACUCGGAAACCAUGUUGGUGGACUUUAUCCGAGACCAUGCAAGUUUAAAGGGGACAAAAGUAAUGUGUCGGGAAGGGGGGUGCGGCGCAUGCGUUGUUACCGUCCGCACAAAGGACGCCGCAAUUGGCGCUGAUGUCACAAAGGGGAUAAAUUCUUGCAUGACUCCAGUGUACAGCUGUCAAGGUUGGGAUAUAUCGACGGUGGAAGAUCUUGGGAACAAAGACGUUGGAUACGAUGUCAUUCAAAAUCGCUUGGUUAACUUUCAUGGAACACAAUGCGGUUACUGUACUCCUGGGAUGAUUAUGAGCAUGAACAGCCUGCGAGAAUCAAAGAAAGACGGUUUAGUAACAGUUAAAGAAGUUGAAGAUAAUUUUGACGGAAAUAUCUGUCGGUGUACCGGCUAUCGUCCUAUUCUUGACGCUUUCAAGUCUCUCGCCGUCGAUGCGCUGGAAGACUUGAAGCGGAAAUGUGAUGACAUUGAAGAUUGUGCUUCAUGUCCAUGCCCCAUGAGACAAGGUCAAGGACGCAAGUGUGACAAAGCCAAACCCAAAGAAAACUCCACAAUCGUGUUAGCAAAUGGAUCCGUGUGGACCACAGCCGUUGAUUUAAAAGUCGUGUUUCAAGCAAUCAAACAAUCGAACUCUGAUGGUAAAAGAAUGAGAUUUGUCGCUGGGAAUACUUCAACUGGUGUUUACAAACACGAAGGUCCAUACUCGUCUUACAUCGAAAUAAAUGGAAUCCCGGAGUUGAAACAGAAAAAAGUCGACUCGUGCGAAGUUCUUUUAGGGGGAGGGGUAACUUUAACGGCUGCGAUUGCAUUUUUUGCCGACGUUGCUAAAACUAAAGCUGGAUUUGAAUAUGUGGCACAAAUCAGCAAACACAUGGAAAGAAUUGCUAAUGUUCCUGUUCGAAAUAAUGCAACAAUUGCUGGGAAUUUGAUGAUCAAACACGCCCAUCAUGACUUUCCAUCUGACGUCUUUGUGCUGCUGGAGACAGCUGGAGCAAAACUAACCAUCGCAUCUAGUGAUUGUACUAUCGGAAUGAAAUUAGUCACAAUGAUGGAUUUCUUAAAGACGGACAUGAACGGCAAACUCAUUUUGUCCGUACAUUUUCCAAAACGCAGUACCGACUACCAUUUCAGAUCGUUUAAAAUAACGAGGCGAUUCCAAAACGCGCAUGCUUACGUAAACGCAGGAUUUCUCCUGAAAGUUGUGGAUGGAAAGAUUGCAGAACAACCUCGAAUUUGUUACGGCGGAAUAAAUCCACAAUUCGUGCAUGCAACUGCUACGGAAGAAUUUUUAGCAAAAAACCCAGACAUUGGAAACGAUCAAGUUUUGCAAAACGCUUUCCAAAUCCUGGAUAAAGAGAUUAAACCCGAUUUCCACCCUCCUGAAGCAAUUCCAGAGUAUAGAAAGUUUUUAACUCAAUCCCUGUUGUAUAAGACGAUUUUGGGAAUCCUGCCUGGGAAAGCGAGUCAGCACAUAAAAAGUGGAGGACCGGAUAUUCCAAGGUCAAUCAGUAAAGGCACUCAAGUCUUCGAGUCCGAUAAGUCGGACUCCAGACUUUAUAAAGCUAUGCCAAAAUAUGAAGGAGCUUGGCAAGCGUCCGGAGAAGCAGAAUACACGACCGACAUACCCAAACGGCCGGAUGAGUUAUUUGGCGUUUUCAUCCUCAGUACCAUUGGUUCGGGCACCCUCAAGAGUAUCGACGCCACUGAAGCACUGGCCAUGCCAGGAGUUGUUCAGCUUAUCACGGCAAAAGAUAUCAAAGGGAAGAACAAUUUCAUGGAAUUUUUCUUUUUUCCCACGGCCGCACCCCAACCGGUGUUUGUGAACGUGGGUGACAAAGUUUCCUACCACGGUCAAUCAAUUGGACUCCUUUUAGCAGAAAACCGACAAAUAGCCGUGGAGGCAAGUAGAAAGGUGAAAGUUGCAUACGAAGGGGUAACCAAACCUAUCGUGGAUAUAAUGGACGCCAUAAAAAAUGUGGAGGCUGCUGGUCUUCUGCCAAAGCAUUUUAUUGGUACAUUUACCAGUGAGGGUGACCCCAGCGUCAGUGUGAACCACACCAUCAGUGGAGAUAUGAAAAUCGGAUCGCAAUACCAUUACUUUAUGGAAACCUUAAAUUGUCUUUGCAUACCACGUGAGGAUGGAAUCGACAUGCACAUUCCUACACAAUGGAUGGAUCAUACUCAAAAUAACCUUGCUUUGGUACUUGGAAUUCCUUGCAGCAGCAUAAACAUCCAAGUUAAAAGGAUAGGGGGUGGUUUUGGGGGGAAGAUAACCCAGCCUGCCCACAUCGCUGCUGCUGCCGCCGUUGCUGCCACCACAGUUCGUCAACCAGUUCGAAUUGUGUUGGAUAUCGAAACCAAUAUGAAGAUGUUGGGACGACGACUCCCAUUUUAUAUGAAAUACGAAGUUGGGUUUAACGAUGUUGGAAAAAUUGGCAACUUAAAGACCGAAAUUUUUUGCGAUGCUGGCUUUACACCAAAUGAAGCAGACUCAAUUAUUGCAGCCAUGCAUAUGCAAAACGUUUAUAAGGCAUUGGGCUGGGAAGUUAAGCCAGGUUUUGUUACGACAAAUACAGCAACAAAUACGAGCGUUCGUGCGCCAGGAUCUGUGAAAGGGGUCGCUUUGAUUGAGAAUAUCAUGGAACAUAUCGCAUUUUACUUGAAGAAAGAAUCUCUGCUCGUUCGUCAAGUGAACUUUAUUGAAAAAGGAGACCCGUUUCUUCCAACAUUUUUCGGAGGAGGUAAUUUCGAAGAAGAAAACCAGAUACCUCGACUAGUUGAAGAGAUGAAGAAAUCCGGAGAUUAUGAAAACCGAAAAAAGUUUGUGGAAACUUUUAACAAGGAGAAUCGAUGGAAAAAGCGAGGCCUCUCUUUGAUUCCUGUGAAGUUUCAUGUGGGGUACGAGUUUGGGUGCAAUUUUCCUGCCAUGAUAGCCAUUUAUCAUUUUGAUGGAACAGUGUCUUGUACUCAUGGAGGAGUAGAGAUGGGACAAGGUCUUCAAACUAAGGUUCUACAAACCAUCGCACAAAGCUUCCAAAUCCCAAUGGAUAAAAUCAAGCUGAAGCCCACAAACAAUUUCGUUGGGGCCAAUGCUUUUUCUAGCGGGGGUUCUAUAGCCUCUGAAGUUUGUUGUUUUGCUGCACUACGAGCCUGUGAAACCAUUAAGGAAAGAUUGAAACCAAUUUUGGAAAAGCUUGAAAAUCCAACCUGGGAACAAUUAAUUGCUGCAGCUCAUCAAGCCAAAAUCGACUUGACGGCUUCUUACACACCUGGACCGAAGGAUGAUCUUAAGGAGUACGAAGUUUGGGCCUUGGCACUCGCGGAAGUUGAAAUUGACGUCCUCACCGGAGAAUAUAAGGUUGCUCGAACCGAUUUGAUCGAAGAUUGUGGGAAGAGUUUGAGCCCCGGCGUGGAUUUAGGUCAAAUUGAAGGUGGCUACAUUUUCGGACAGGGUAUGUGGACUACGGAGCGAAUUGUACAUUGCAAAGAAACCGGAGAGUUGUUGACGAACCGAACUUGGGAAUACAAACCCCCAGAAACAAAAGAUAUUCCGGAGGAUUUUAGAGUAUCGCUAUUGAAGGACGCUCCUAAUCCUCAUGGAAUUUUGCGGUCAAAAGCGACCGGAGAGCCGAUCCUAUGCGCCACGGUGGCUGUAUACUUUGCACUGCGAAAUGCAAUCACUGCAGCACGCGCAGAUAAAGGAAACACGGAAUGGUUUAAGUUGGAUUCACCAAUUACUCCGGAGGAUGUUUACCAGCAUUGUUUGACUACUUCCACGGAUUUCAAAUUUUAAUAAAAUUACUGUGCACGAAAUUAUUUGUACUGGGGUACAACAAUGUAUUUGAAUCAUAGAUAUGUACAUAUUUUGGGUGUGGGGUUUACCUAUUUUAUGCUAAACUGUAAUCAAAACUGCCAAUUAAUAACAAUAAACAAUUUUGCGUGGCCAGUUUA